AUGCCAACAUACGACGUCGCUUUGUCGCUCACCGCCGUCAAGCAUUACCCUCCAAUGGCUUCUCUGUAUUGCCGGGCUCCAGAGCUGUACCCGUCAUCUACUUCCCUCAAUUUUGGUCUUUGGAGAGGCAGCAGAAAGCAAAAGGCUUCGAGACUAAAAGCAAACUUGUGGGAGUCCAUUAGAUCAGGUAUUUUGAAGAAAGACACAGCACAGGUUAUAGAGGCACCUCCGAGUGCUGAAGAAGCGGGAGAGCCCUUGCCCGAGGAAUUUGUCCUCGUUGAGAGGAUGAGAGCUGAUGGAAUGGUUGAACAAAUCAUAUUCUCUUCCGGUGGGAAUAUUGACGUGUAUGAUCUCCAAGCUUUAUGCGAUAAGGUUGGUUGGCCUCGGAGGCCACUGUCAAAGCUGGCAGAAGCUCUAAGAAAUAGCUACAUAGUUGCUACUUUGCAUUCCGUAGAGAAAUCAGCUGGAGAAGAGGAGUAUGGCCAAAAGAAGUUGAUAGGGAUGGCGCGAGCUACAUCUGACCAUGUUUUCAAUGCAACGAUCUGGGAUGUUCUCGUUGAUCCUUCUUAUCAGGGCCUAGGUCUAGGCAAGGCCCUUAUUGAGAAGCUUAUAAGAACUCUACUGCAGAGGGACAUUGGAAAUAUUUCACUUUUUGCUGAUAGUCAAGGUAAUUCUCCUCCUCAAUAA